AUGAAUACUCUGCCAAUAUCUCAAGAUAUUAAUAAACAAGAAAAAAUACAGGAAAAAGAGCAUAGAAUUAUAGAGGUUCCUCUUAAGGAUCAUGGGCAACUUGUUGAAAUUGAUUGCACAACACUUCCAGAGGAUUCAGAGGAACUUUGUGAAAUUUUAGAGUGUGAAAAUGCAUCAAAAGAGUUUUGGGUCCAGUUUUCAUAUGAAUAUAGACGUCAAGGAUAUAUAGAUCAGGCGAUCCAUAUAUUAAUACGGGGAUUGAAAGGUAGAAUAAAAAAUUUUGAAAAAAGUGAAAUUUAUACAAGGAUGAAAGUGGAUAUGCAGAAGGAAAGCAAAUUACCGUUAUAUUCUAUGCUUUCAGCAUUAUAUUUAGAGAAAGCAAGAAGGGCACCUAGAAUGGCAGAACAAAAAGAAGGAGUUUCGGAGGGUCAUACAAAGGAUUAUUAUCAUCAAAUGGCGACGCAGGCGUUGAAUGAAGCAAAUAGAAUUGAUUUUUCAUUUUUGCCAAAUAUUCUUAUACGAGCAGUUUGGAAUAUUAUGAGAUCGUCGGGGGAAAAGAGUUUAAUUGAUCAAGCAGGAAAAUAUUUUGAUGAUAUUUUAAAUACAGAUCCAUGUAAUUUGUUUGCUAUGCUUGGAAAAGCACGAAUUCUUUUUUCACGUAAAAAUUAUGUUGGUUCUUUAAAACUUUAUCAAACGGUUUUAUCAUCUAAGCCGGAUUUUGUUAUUGAUCCAAGAAUCGGAGUAGGUCUUUGUUUUUGGAAGUUAAAUAUGAAAGAAGAUGCAAAAGUGGCAUGGUUGAGAUCAUUAGAAUUGAAUGAGAAAAAUAUAUCAGCAAAUACACUUUUGUCAUUGUAUUAUCUUGAUUCAGCCUCUUCUAAGACAGGUACAUCUGAAUUUCUAGAGGAAUACGAAAAAUCAUUAAGAUAUGCUCAAAAUGCAUACAAACAAUCCCAAACAGACCCAUAUUCUGCAAACAUUUUGGCAUCAUAUUUUUUUUCAAAGAAAAAUAUGGAUAUGGCAAUUAAACUAUCAGAAAAAGCAUUACAAUACGCAGAUACAAAUUAUUUAAUAAAUAACAGCUUAUUUUUGAUGGCAAGAGCAUACCAUUAUAUGGAAAAUUAUGAAAAAGCUUCUGGAUUAUAUCAACAUUCAUAUAGUAUCAAAGAUAGUAGUGUUGUUUCUGCAAUUGGAAUGGGGCAGAUAAAGCUUAUUCAAGAUGAUAUUAUUGGAGCAAAAUUAAUUUUUGAAAAAAUUACAGAACAAUAUCCUAAGUGUAUAGAAGCACUUACCAUACUUGGAUCAAUCUAUACGCAUGAAACUUUAUCUUCAAGCUCAAGAAAUGAUAAAUCACUAGAACGACAAAAAGCAAAAUCACUAUUAGAACGGGCAAUACAUUUAAUAAAUAAUUCUGAACAAAGGGAAUUUUCUGGUUCUGGAAUUUUCGUAGCGCUAGCAGCUCUUUGUGAAGAAGAAGGCAAUAAUGUUAGUUUAGAAUCAUAUGAACGUGCAUUGGACCUGGAGCGGAAUUUUUCUACUAAUAUUCUUCCUCAAUUGUUAAAUAAUAUAGGUGUACUUCAUCAUAUUAAAGAAGAUUUUGCAAAUGCUAGGAAAUUUUAUCAAGAUGCUCUUAAUCAUUGCGUUUCUAUGGGACAACAAGAGAAUAAUACUAUUAAUGUUGAUGCACUAGUAACAACAUUAACAUAUAAUCUUGCACGUUGUGAAGAACAAGCUAAAAAUUAUGAAGAAGCAAAAAAGUUUUACGAAGAAUUGUUACAAAGGCAUCCAGAUUAUGUAGAAGCACGUGUUCGUUUAUGUCAUAUGGAAAUAAUGAGAGAAGGAACAGAAAAUACAUCUAAAAAAAUAAAGGAUCUUAUAGAAACUAAUCCAGGUAAUUUAGAUGUCAGAGCAUAUUUUGGAUGGUAUCUUAGUCAUCAAAAAUGGAAUAAAACUUCAGGAGAAGAUCCAGAACAAAAACAUUAUACUCAUACAUUAAAAUAUUUUGAUAAACAUGAUAGAUAUUCAUUAACUGCUAUGGGCAAUAUUCAUUUACGUAUAGCUCGAGAAUUUCGUCCUACUACUGAUGCAGAAAAGGAAAAAAGACAUAAAAUGUAUGAAAAAGCAGUAGAAUUCUUUGACAAAGCUUUACAACUUGAUCCUAAAAAUGCAUAUGCUGCACAAGGAAUUGCUAUUGCAUUAGCAGAAAAUAAACAACAUGCAAAAGCUUUGUUAAUAUUAAGUAAAAUUCGUGAAACAUUAAAAAAUGAGACAGUAUAUAUAAAUAUGGGCCAUUGUUUAUCUGAAAUGAAACAAUAUCCUAGAGCAAUAGAAGCAUAUGAAUUAGCAUUAAACGAAUAUCAAAAUGGUAGCAAUCUUAUGACUUUUUCUGCACUUGGCAAAGUUUGGUUGCAAAAAGGAAAAGAAGAAAGAAGCCUUUCUGCAUUGAAAGAAGCACUCAAAUUUACAGAAAAAGCAUUAAAACUGCAACCUUCUAAUACAGCUAUUAUCUUCAAUAUUGCUUUUAUUCAAUUUAAAUUUGCUGAAAUAGCUAGGACAUUACCUGAAAAUAAAAGGUCUAUUGAAGAUUUAAAAUAUGCUUUAGAAAAUCUGGACAAUGCCAUUAAAACAUUUUCAGAUCUGGCAAAUUCUAAAUAUCCUCCAUAUCCUAAAGAAGAUAUUCAGCAACGUGCUAAUAUGGGUCGUAAUACUACACUUAGACAACUUGAGAGAGCAAUACAACAACAAAAAGAAUUUGAAAGUAACAAUUUAGCAAAGUUAGAUUGUGCUCGACAAAAAAGAAAAGAGGAACAAGAGAAAAGAAAUGCAGAAGCAGAAGCAUUGCGUGUUUCAGAAGAAAAAAGACAAAAAGAAUUAACAGAAGAACGAAGACUUAUGCAAGAACAAGUAAAAGAAUGGGCCAUGAAAAAGAAAGAAGAAUAUGAAAUGGCAGAACAUGAUAUAGAAAGGAACAAGGAACCAGAUGAUCAAGGAAAAUCAAAAAAGAGAAAUAAAUUAAAGAAGAAUAAACAAAAAAAAUCAGAAAAUAAAGAAUCAGAAUCUUUUAAUCAAGAAUUCAAUGAACAAGAUACUCAUGAUGAUGAAAAACAAGAAGAUACUAAACCUGAGCAACCGAAAAAAAGAAGAAAAUUAUCCAAAAUUAAUUCUAAAAGAGAAAUUUUAGAUAGUGACGACGAAGUAGAAAAUGAAGACAAAGAAAUUUCAGAUAUAUAUAACAAUACAUCUAAUACAGAAGAACAUAAAGAAGAUAUUGUAAUCGAACAUGAAACUUCAAAUACAAUUGAAGAUAAAUAA